AGGGAAAAACUCUGCUCUCUCGGCUCUCCAAACAAACAAACCCCAAACAUGAAGAAGAAAUCCACUUUACUCAUUUCCUUCCUCCUCCUCUCCGUCGCCCUCGCCGCGCGGCUCCCAGCCGGCGGCGGCGAUGCGUUCUACGAGGAGGAAUUCUCGGCGGCGAAAAGAUCCGACGACAAUGGGCCGGGCGGGUUUUUCGGGCCGGGCGGCGGGUUCAACAUACCCGGGUUACCACCCGGGUUGGGCGGCGGGUACGGGGCCGGGUACGGCGGGCCUAGCGGCGGGUAUGCGAGAGGCGGGACCUUUAGGUCCUCUGUGGUGUGCAAGGGAAAGGGUCGGUGCUACAAGAAGAAGCUCAUCUGCCCGGCCAAGUGCUUUUCCUCCUACAGCCGCUCCGGGAAGGGCUACGGAUACGGCGGCGGCGGCGGCGGCUGCAACAUCGACUGCAAGAAGUGUACCGCCACUUGCUGAUCGACGCCACCACCGGUCAGCUCGUUGCGUUAAUGCUGCUACUGCUAUUAUAUUAUAAUUAGUUAAUUAAUCUUGAAUGGCUCGGCUCGGCUCGCUGCAGGCUCGGCUUAUUAUAAUUACAUGUGUUUUGCUCAAUACAUAUAAUACGUAUAAGGAGCUAUGAAUAGAGGAACGUAUAACGGGACGGGGAUAUACGUAUGUAUGUAUGUAUGUAUGUUUUGUGUAGUAUUAUGUGGUGUGAUGUAUUUUCCACUGUAAAAUCGUUGCGUUAGAGUUAGUUGAGUGAAGCAGCUUUACGAUAAUCGCAGCAGACUAUGAGGUUUUACAGACUGGAAGGAAUUGAAGGCCCAACGUAUGUGCUUACUAGUUACUUCCUCUUCUCUUGCAAUAAUAAUAACUUAUCAUCUUA